AUGCAGCUUGAAGAAAAGUGUGAUAGCCACAUGGAACUCAUAGGAAAAAGUCGGCAGCACAUGGGAGAGAAGGCUCACACAAAUGGGAAACUAGUAGCAAAUGGGGAAGCUACAGUCUCUGUAAAACAGGAGGCAAAUGGGAAGCCUGACAUGCCAGGGAAAUGUCUCAACAUAUACACCUGGCAGGAGAUCCAGAGGCACAACAUGGAGACCGACCAGUGGGUGGUGAUCAACCGCAAGGUCUACAACAUCACCAGCUGGGCCGACAGGCAUCCAGGUGGGCACCGGGUCCUGAACCACUAUGCUGGGGAAGAUGCCACAGAUGUCUUCAGGGCUAUGCAUCCAAAUCUUGACACUGUGCAAUUGUACCUUAAGCCACUGCUUAUUGGAGAGCUUGCCCCAGAAGAGCCUAGCCAGGAGAGAAACAAAAAUUCCCAGUUGGUGGAAGAUUUCCAAGAACUGAGAAGAUCAUUAGAGGAUAUGAACAUGUUCAAAGCCAACCUGGGAUUCUUUUUCCUUCAUCUGGCCCAGAUCUUGAUUUUGGAAGCCCUGGCUUGGCUAACACUGUGGUAUUUUGGCAGUGGCUGGACUGUUACAAUACUCAUUUCCUUUCUUCUGACAAUUUCUCAGGCUCAGAGUGCAUUUUUGCAGCAUGACAUAGGACACCUUUCCGUAUUUCAGAAAACCAAGUGGAAUCAUCUGAUGCACAGAUUUGUGAUGGGUCAUCUCAAGGGAUUGUCAGCAGACUGGUGGAACUACCGACACUUCCAGCAUCAUGUAAAACCAAAUAUCUACCCCAAAGACCCAGACAUUGACAUGGGCCCACUUUUUCUUCUUGGAGAUUCACAACCUGUCAAGUAUGGCAAGAAGAAAAUCAAAUAUAUUGACUAUGAGAAGCAGCACCUGUACUUCUACUUAGUUGGACUUCCCCUUCUCAUGCCUGUAUAUUUUAACGGGCAAUCCAUGCAAGUUAUGUACCUUCGAAGGUAUUGGGCAGACAUCGCCAUGGUCAGCAGCUUUUACAUCCGCCACUUCCUCACAUUUAGCCCUUUCUAUGGAAUCUUCGGAACAUUAUUGCUCAUAUAUUUGGUCAAGUUUCUUGAAAGUCCCUGGAUUGCAUAUGUUACCCAGAUGAGCCACAUACCAAUGAAAAUGAGCACAGAGGAGAACCAUGACUGGUUCAGCACUCAGGUCUUGGCCACCUGUAAUAUUGAGCAGUCCUUUUUCAAUGACUGGUUCACUGGGCAUCUGAACUUCCAAAUUGAACACCAUCUGUUUCCCACAAUGCCACGGCAUAAUUACCACAAGGUGGCACCUCUGGUGAAGUCACUGUGCAAGAAGCAUGGAUUGCAGUACGUGAAUAAGUCCAUGUUGAAGGCGCUUGGCGAUAUACCCAGGGCCUUGAAGAAAUCUGCAGCCCUCUGGAUAGAAGCUUAUUAUGAGACAUGAUACAGAAUAUCAGC